UAUUUUGAAAUGCAAGAAUUUGAGGCAAGUUAUCAUGAUGUAAAUUAAGCAGCUUUAAUCUUUUAUGAAGACACAGAUGGUAGUCAUCAGGAUACAGAUAAGUUUUUGAAUUGGGAGGAGGAUCUGAUCUAAAUAUCAAAGUCAUCUCCCUCUCAAAGAGACUACAAAAAAAACAUCUGUCGGAACAUAUUAAGAUAAGCUGUUAAAUCUAUGAGGAGGGGAAAAUAGUUCGAAUUUCUAUAAAUGGAACUAUAGCGAGAAACUUCUCAUUUUAUAGAUUAUUAUCAGAAAAAUUUACAUAACAUAAAUGGAUUCAGAAGCCUCAAAAAAUAAUUAAUCACAGACUAAAAGGACACGCCUGAAUAAAAAUUGUGGAAACGUGUCUUUCAGUCAUACAUGGUUUGGUUCUUGAAUUAAAGAGCUUCUCUCUUCAUUCUGAAUGGAGAAGCCAACAACUUCAAAGAAUACCUAAGAUUCAAAAAUGAAGUUAUGUUGUUUUAUGCAUAAUUUCCUGAACAAUGGUGUUCAAAUGAACCAGCCUGGAAAAUUGGUAAUUGAUUAUUCAAUUACAACCAAAAAAGGAUUUAUGAUUGCAUUAUUACAAUCAUAACAUAUAUAAAUAUAAAUAUCUACACGUCUUAAUACUCCUUACCCUGUCUUAGCAAGUAAAAGAGUUUAGAAAUAAAUUUUAAUUUUUCGAUCUUUUUUGCGUCAAAUUUUAAACUGAUUGUUAAAGACACAAAUGUUCAAUAUUGGUGGAUCAAUAGUUUUCAAUAACCAAUG